UCAAAGAAGCCGGGAGAAAGUGCCGGGGCGAUUCGUCAACAUCUUGAAGACUGCUGCUACACUUCACGCCUCUCGAAUGCUAAGACGCCCGCCGUGCUCGUAGGUAUAAGUGCCAUCCAUCCUAAUCCUUGCCACCCGCCCUCCACCGCCGCCACGCAUCCAUCCACUUACUCUCAGACCUCCCCUCUCACCGCACCUUCUCCGUACUGCGCACGCAUGAUUCCACAUUGCCCCGAAGCUCGAAAGUGCCUGGCCGGCAUCAUGUCCGACAUCAUGCCCUGCACUUUUCGCAAAGAAAGCGAGAGAAGAGACGAAGACACACUUUCUACAGCCAGCGGGCUUUCCCAGGACAUUACACCCGAGCUAGAGCAGGAUGCGGAGCCCCACAUCCUCUUCCAUCUCACGGUCCAGCUGCACAACAAACCGCUCGAGAUCCCGAUAUACCACGAAGAUGCCACAAUUCAGGAUUUAUCCGAUACCGUCGCCGAAGAGCUACACAUCCCGCCAGCGCACCAGAAGUUCCUCGUCACGCCAAAGACUGGCCUGCUGCGACCGCCCUUCAAAGAUCCGACACUGUUGAUCAGGUCUUUACAAGAUAAAAAGAUCGUUCUUAUGGGCGCGACAACAGCAGAGGUGGCGGAGCUCGAGAGCGACAUUGCAGAACGGAAAGCGCGCAUGGAGAAGAGAAGAUCAGCAUUGCAAGCAGGCCGGAAGGUGAAGGCGAAUAAAUACCGCGAUUGGAAGAAAGUCUCGGACGAAGCGCAAUACACCUUCCAUACCAUCAGGCCUCUCCCAUACCUCCCAGAUCCCGAAAAGAGCCAACGCUUCCUCGAACGCCUCGCAAAUGACGCGGGCAUUAAAGCGUCGAUGCGCAGCCACGGGUUCUCCGUAGGACUCUUGACGGAGAUGAACCCUGCCGAACAUACAACACACGAAUCGCGAACACUAGGACUCAAUCGCAAUCGCGGCGAAGUCAUCGAAUUGCGAUUACGAACCGACGCAUACGACGGAUAUCGAGAUUAUAAAGUAAUCCGAAAGACCCUCUGCCACGAACUCGCACACAAUGUCUGGGGCGAACACGAUCAGCGAUUCUGGAAACUGUGUCGAGAAAUCGAAGCAGAAGUCGAAAAGAACGAUUGGCGUAGAGGAGGCCAUUCCGUAGGGGGCGAUGAAUUCUAUAAUCCUAGUGAUGAAUACGACGAACAUGAUCACGCAGACGAAGGAGGCUGGGAAGGAGGAGAGUACGUGCUUGGAGGUGGCUCAUCGAGCUCUUCAGCGCCUGGCAGUGGCGAGCCGCUGAGCAGACGAGAAAUCAUCGCUCGAGCUGCGGAAGAACGAAUGAAGAAGCAGAAAGAGGCCAAAGCCGCAGAGCCAAAGGCCAAGAGUAACGAAAUAACGAAACAGUGAUGAAAUGGGAAAUUUUGAAUAUUGAUUCAGCGAGGCGCUGGGGAGGAAUCGCAUUUGCAAGGAGUACCAGCAUGCGCUAUGGAUCAGCGUCAUUCAUUCACAUAUGUACAGCUGAACGACAGUACUCGAUCACG